UGAGCGUGAAGGCGUCGCUCGCGAAGGCGGAAGCGUACAAGUCCCGUGAAGGCAUCACGCUUGUCUUCUGCGCUCUCAGAGCACUCGUUUCCCACUUGGGGACUUGAGAACAGCACCCGCGAUCAUGUUUGUGCAAAAAGUGUGGCUGUACCUUUACACGGGCUACAUGUUCCUCUUCGUGGUCUGCGUGAGCUUCGUCCUUCGCGCCUUGCACGUGUUUUCGCCAGCCUUGACCAAGAAGGUCAUCCUGAAAAUGAACGAACGGACCACGAUGGUCAAGAAUCCCAAUUUUACCUACGACGACUGGGGGCCCACCUUCCUCACCGACACGUUCAUCAAAACCGCGUCGCGGCACAUGUGGUUAUCCCUCGGUCAGAAGGCGUUCGUGGGGGAGCCUGCCCCGGAUUCGCCCGUGGUCACCAUGGACAAGCGCCAGAGCAGCAUCUGCAACUUUCUCAAAGGUUCGAGGCCUCUGGUGCUGAACUUCGGCAGUUGUACCUGACCGCCGUUCAUGUUCAAGCUGGACCUGUUCAAGCAGCUCGUCCGGGACUUUGGCGACAUGGCCGACUUCCUUGUCGUCUACAUCGAGGAGGCGCACUCAAGCGAUGGGUGGGCCUUCACUAACAAUCUGCAAGUGAGCAAGCACCAGAGCCUGGAGGACAGGAUGGCUGCGGCGCAGAUCCUCAUUAAGGAGGAUCCACUUUGUCCCGUGGUGGUGGACCAAAUGAGCAACUCGGCCGCCAUGGAGUAUGGCGCGCUGCCCGAGAGGCUCUACGUGCUGCACAAAGGCAAAGUCCUCUACAAGGGGGCCAUGGGGCCUUGGGGCUACAAACCACAGGAGGUGCGUUCGGUUCUGGAGAAGAUUAAGUAGGAAGGAAGACGCAUUUCUGCCAAGCAGACUCCUUUUUCUUUUGAGAGUCACUAAUACUUACUAAACACCCACUACACCACUUACUCAUUGAGAUUUUUUUGUCUUUCAGCAGCCAGUGCGCUGUCCCCGGCAACACGCACACACAUGCCCACACACAUACAGACGCACUCGCAAACUUGCGUGAUGUCUGGACUGUAUCUCAGCCAGUCUGUGUUUCUUGAUGAAGGCUACAGAUAAAACCUUCCGGACUCUGUACCCUGAUGAAGUGAAACGUAGACUUUUGAGAUCCUUUCAGCUCUGACAAAGUGAUACAUUCGAUUUAUCGUGCUUGAUAACUUCAUUCGAUCAGUCGAAAUGAACGCCAUUGUUACGACCCAAAUUAUUAUUUUUUUUAAGUUUCUGUCAUUAAAAUAGUCAAAUGUCUAGCACUCACGGGCAGUGAAAGAGUCCCCAUUAAUAAAAAAUAAAAUAAAAUUAUGAGCAGCGGUCUAAUCAAUUUGUUAAGCGCUGUACAUCGAGCCCUUCAAAAUUGGCUUCAUUGAUUUGGAAGUUUCAGUAAUGACUCUGAUUACCAUCAGCACACAGGAUGUGCCAAUUCAUCUCACACUUGGCCAAUUUUUACAUGACAGUUAUGGCGCAAACCUCCGGUAGCUAUAAUUUGAAGGCUUCAAAGUUGACCUGUCUGUGACCGAUGUUGGCCACCCUUUGUCUCAUGCGUCUGGUUUGUAUUACUGUCUCACAAUAAAGGAUUUGCUUUAA